GCGGCAUCACAAGUCAUACACAUGACAUCGGCCCUAGGCAACCUUGAGAAAGAUUUCCAUUUCGAAGUGCAGAGAGUCAAGGGAUUGGAGGAAGAGCGUGUCGAUGCGAACGCCCUAAAGAGUCUGCUGCACCAAAACGACGAGCGUGUGGCCGAAGUGUCCUUGAAGAUGGAUGACCUACAAGCGUGCUCUAUCGAAGCGCCCGCUAUGCCAACCGAGGUCAUGAAAAGGCUGGGCGAAAUAGCGGAUCAUGUGCAAUUCGCCCCUCAUCUGAACGUUGAAGACGAGAUUCGGCGAGCUCUGAAGACCUUCCAAAGGGAAAUUAUGCCACGGUUUUCGAAAGAGUUGGAAGCCACGGUAAGUGGUCAGUCCAUCGAAGAAAAACUGCAAAGUCUCCAGAAGACGCUUCAGGACCAAUUGUUGGCGACCAAGACUGAGCGCAAGGGUCACCAUGAACAGUUGAUGCUGCAACUUUCAGAGACAAAAGAGGAGAACAACAAACUCGCUCAGGGUCUCUUAGCAAAGGAUGCGGAAAUCGUAGAGAUGACCGACUCUGUUUGUAAAGUCAAUCAAAAGCUACAAGAGGCAAGAGACUCCGCAGAGUGGGCAUCAAACCAAGCAGCAACCACGGAAGAAGAGCUUCGAGCGUUAGAGCAGAGUCUCUUGGGCAAGGAUUGCCAACUCACAAAGACCCAGACUGAGCUCCAUCUCCAGCGAGAAGGGCAUGAGGCUAAAGUUCGAGAGCUCCAGGAGAAAUUGCGAAUUGCUGAGGAAGAUGCCCAUCAUCAACGCCAACUUGCCGAAGAGUCGGAGAAGAAACUCGCAGAAAAAUCCGAGGAAGAUACCGAGAUGCAGACGCGGCCGAACAGCCCAGGAGAAUCUCUGCACCAGGCUCGGCAACAGUUGACCAUGACCAUGGCGGAGGUCGAACGUCUAAAGGCCUUAGAGAGUGUUAUCAGAGCAUCGAAACUCGAAAAUGAGUUGGAGAAUGCUCGUCAAAGAAUUACCAAUCUCACUCUCAAGCUUCGCGAUACGCAGGUUCCUGCUGCUAACAAUAGCCAGCUUGAUCAGGUAGCUGAACAGCUUGCCCAGCUCCAAACCCUAAAGGAAGACAUCAAGCAGCUCAGAUCGAAUGGUAAGGCAUACGCUACGAUCAGUAAGAACCUUGCAGAAACGCUCGACAGAAAAGGUACCACAGAAAGCGACGAAAUUCUGAUCCCCGACAGUCUCGUGCUGCCGAUGCUUCCCGCGUUGCUGCAACAAGAUGUCUACGACCCCCUGAAUAAUUUUCAGCCGAGCUCCUCUGACAUCCCGCUGAUACGAGCCAGCAAACGAACAGUCUUCCGCAGUCCCGUUGAAGAGUCGGAAGACGAGUUGCCUGUGCCAUCAGUUGAACAGGAAAAGUCGCAGCGAGUGGUUGUAGCCACUCAGGGAUCCCGAAUCAGAUCGAUCCUCCGCCCACAGAGAACUCCCACUGCCAGAACAUCAAAGGGAAGUACCGAUGCCAUGGUAGCGCGUCAUGCAGGACACUCUUCGUACAACCGACCCGUUCAAAGUGCUCCCAAGUCCAGUCAGGAGGCCAUCUUGGAUGUCAAGAACAGCCUCGUGGGCAACCGCAAAGCAAUCCUCGGCGAUCUGGCCAACCCUAACGAAUGGGCGAGACUUGAGGGACCAGCGAACCAUGCGGAGCAGCGAGGAUCCAAAAGACCUAGCAAUUCUCAGCAAUGGUCUCGAGGUCCGAAACGGUCGAAACCAUGCUUCACUGAGAACGAAGAUAACGUUGAAACUUCGCAAGUUGCGAGAAGCAGUAUGGAGGACCGUCUCCAAGCUGAGCCGCCAGAGCGCAGCAAGGACGGUAACAAGGUGCCUGCAGCAAUUGCGCAGGAUGAUGAUCAAGUUUCCCACCAUUUCUUCUCAAACGCUUCUAAACCGAACGAGAGCGCAGAACGUGGAGGCAAGUGAACGCCGAACUCUCACAGUAGCCGCUGCGCAGUGAAUCGCAUACUGUGGCUAGAACAAGACACGAUGUAUUCUCAGAAAAGGAUUGUAGCUUCUUUAGUACCGCCCAUUG